AAUUAUCCAUUCGAACCUCCUUAUCCUCCCUUCAACUGAACAAAGCAGCAGAGCAGAAACAAUCAAUCAAAGAAAAAGAAAAGUUCACAACAAUGGCGUCUUCUUCAACCUGGAGUAUGUGUUCACUUAGGGCGGCCCUCCCUUCAAUCAGCGCAUCUCCUUCGUGCCCUUCAAUUUCCUUCCCAAAAUACCCUUCUUCCUCUUCCGGGUUCAAACUAUCCAAACCCAAAUCCGGCCCGAAGCCCAUCAAUUCCUUUGUGGGCCUCGCUCCUAUGUCCACGCUGCUGUUUCCCUCUUCGUAUCAAGAUUCGAGUUUCGAGUUCACAAUAAUCGACAAUGGUGGCCGAAUUUCAGCCAUGAGGCACGGGCGGAAGGUUCCAAAACUGAACAGGCCGCCCGAUCAAAGGAAGGCUCUUUUACGGAGCUUGACAACUCAGCUUCUAAAGUACGGUCGAAUAAAGACAACUAGAGCUAGGGCUAGUGCAAUGAGAAAGUACGUUGACAAAAUGAUCACAAUGGCUAAAGAUGGAUCUCUGCACAAGAGAAGACAAGCACUUGGAUUUAUCUACGAGAAGCAAAUAGUCCACGCGUUGUUUGCUGAGGUGGAGGAGAGAUACGGAGGCAGAGAAGGAGGGUAUACUAGGAUUAUCAGAACUUUGCCUAGGAGGGGGGAUAACGCCCCCAUGGCGUACAUCGAGCUCGUUUGAUUUAUGAUUUGAGUUAUUUGAGUAAGCUUUUUUGUAUGUUGUUUCAGUUUUCACAACAAUUGGAAACUUUUUUUUUUUUUUUGUAUUGAAAGUUGAAACCUCCUAUUUUGUUGGUAUGUGCAAAAUCGAGAAAUUUUCUUUUUCCUUAUAUCGGAUUACGGUUUUUUUUUC